AUUUCUCAUCACUCAUUAUCUUUAAACAAAAGAAUAUUAAAUGUAAAUUGAAUUGACCUGAAAUGUUCUAUUACCGGACUCGAGGUAUAGAUGUUUGACGCAAAUGUGGACUUAAUAAAACAAUGUCGAUGUAGAGUCAGCCGUGUAAAUACAGUAACCAUAACUAAGACGGGAGCGGAGAGGAAUGUGAACGCAGUCUGAACCGAAAUUUAUCUCGGCAUCGACAGCUAAUUUGUGAGGCAUCAGUGGUAAAGGACGUAAAAAACUUAGUAUGAAUUCAGCCAGUGACUACACGAUAUGUAACUUGGAUAACAAUACUUAUAGUAACAAUUUUACAACAGAUACGGCACCAUAUUCUUGUUACGCUAAUAUAAACAACGCAGGGAUAGAUUCAGACUCGUACAGAGGUGGAUAUUCGGAAAACAAUUUAUCUCAUCAUCAUCACCAUCAUCACCAGCAUCAACACCCACAGCAACUUUCAGUAGAGGCCCAUUUAAGUGGGACCCCUCACAACACUUCUCUGUCCCUUAAUGUCUACCAACAUGGGACGCAUAGCUACCCAAUACAACCGUCACCGCCCCAGGGGAACUUUUACUAUGAGGACGCUAUGAUCCCCGGGGGUGAGUUAGCGGAGUGCAAUGCAUAUCCUUACCCCGACAACUCCCCAACUAGUCAUCAGAUAGCCUAUCAGGCUAGUGAGCAUCAUCACAUUCAACAACAGCCUCCACAGCAAUGUGAUACGGGACAACAGCAGCAACAAUCUCCAGUGGCACAGUACAAGUGGAUGCAAGUGAAACGCAAUGUACCUAAACCAGUCACAGAUUAUAAGUUGACCGACUUCACUUACGUGAACCCGGGGAACAAUUUAGGUCGCACAAACUUUACUAACAAACAGUUAACGGAGUUGGAAAAAGAAUUCCAUUUUAAUAAAUACCUUACUCGAGCUAGGCGAAUAGAAAUAGCUGCGGCUUUAGGACUAAAUGAGGUGCAGGUGAAAAUCUGGUUCCAAAACAGAAGAAUGAAACAAAAGAAACGACUGAAAGAGAAUAAGUUAGCACAGACUGUGAAUGGUGAACACGAGAAUGGAGAUGAUCUAUCUCCCGGUCCAACUACACCGACGUCCACUGACGAACAGAUAUCUUGAAGUCUUAUAUCACCGUAGAUACCAAACCAUUGCCAAAUUAAUCCUGAAUUGGAUACACGACUGUCUAUAGAUGUAUACAUUAUUUAUAGUAACGACUAUUUUGAUACAACUGGCAGAAACAAGGCCCGUAGCCAGGGGGUUCUGGGGGUUUGAGCGAAAAAUUCUUUCAGAAUCAUGCAGUUUUU